GUCUGCUCAAAGGGCCCUAAGUCCACUGGCUUUUAUGCACUAGGUGCACUUGAGUCAGGCAAGUAAAGAGCUCAGCAUUGAGACGUGCCAGUCUCUGCUGUUUAUACCGCUGCUAGGAGUAUCUACUGAAGGGCAGAACUGACCGGAUCGCACUAGUGCAGGACGGGGGAAAGCCAGAAUAAUUGUGAAUGUUUUCUUUUUCCAUAGCAAAAAGCAAAGGAUUAAACUUGAAUACGCAUCCCUGUCACUCUACUAAACCACACAAGAACUUUAUCAAAAUGGCACGGAAGAGGCAGGUGUCUUUGACCCAGGCUUUGACCCUGGCGCUGGUUCUGCUCACCUCAGCGGCUUCAGCGGAGGAAUACGACUAUUACAGCUGGCAGUCGGACAAUUUCCACAACGGCCGUUUUUACGCCAAGCAGCCGCAGUGUGUGGAUAUUCCAGCUGACCUGCGGCUCUGCUAUAAUGUGGGCUACAAGAAGAUGAGACUACCAAACCUGUUGGACCACGAAACCAUGCCCGAGGUCAAGCAGCAGGCGGGCAGCUGGGUGCCCCUCCUGGCGAAACGCUGCCACGCUGAUACGCAGGUGUUCCUCUGCUCGCUUUUUGCCCCGGUGUGCCUGGACCGGCCGAUCUACCCGUGUCGCUCUCUUUGCGAGGCCGUACGGGACAGCUGCGCACCGGUCAUGGAGACCUACGGCUUUCCCUGGCCGGAGAUGCUGCAGUGCGAUAAGUUUCCCAUCGACAACGAUCUGUGCAUUCCCAUGCAGUUCGCCGGGGGUCACGCCACUCAAACUCCAGUUUCAAAAGUCUGUCCACCCUGUGACAACGAGUUAAAAGCCGACACCAUAAUGGAGCAUUACUGUGCCAGUGACUUUGCUCUCAAGAUGAAGAUUAAAGAGGUGAAAAAAGAAAAAGGAGACCGCAAGCUCAUCGCAGCACAGAAGAAGAAGAAGGUUCUGAAGAUGGGAGUAUUGAGGAAGAAGGACUUAAAAAAGCUCACGCUGUACAUCAAGAAUGGAGCAAACUGCCCCUGCUCACAGCUGGACAACCUCGGGAGCAACUUCCUCAUCAUGGGCCGUAAGGUGGACCAGCAGUUGCUGCUCAUGUCCAUCCACAAGUGGGACAAGAAGAGCAAAGAGCUCAAAUUUGCCCUUAAAUACAUGAAGUCUCAUCAGUGUCCCACCUAUCACACCGUCUUCCAGUGACACUAUCAGAAAUCUUCCAGAGACUGUUUCUAAUUCAGACACACAUUUUAUUACUCAACAAGUGGCUUUUGGAAACUGCUUAGGACUAGUUCAUUUAAAAAUGGCUGUUUGUCAUUCCAAACUAUUGUGACUUUCUCUCUUUUGAUGAACACAGACUUGUGAAGAGUUCAAACUGGUUGUUCUUUUCCAUGCAGUUCAUAAAUGGGCACCGAAGCUCUUUUUUUGGUCCGUUCGUCACGCAAAGCUAUGGUAUGGCUUUAGACUUGGAAUACUGCAUAGUGCAUGAGUCAUAUGGACUACUUAUGAUUUAUUUUAUAGUGGUUUUGUGUUUUAUGUAAGGCUUGGUUAUGGUGCAAAUUUAUAGUACAGCAAUACAAAACAGUGACCAGUUUAGUUCUUUAAAUUUCUUUUUUGUGUUCCAUGGAAGAAAGUCGUAGGUUUGGAAUGACUUCAUGGUGACAUUUUUUGGGGAACUAGUCCUUAAUUCCAUCAACAUGUACAGCUACAUUUUAUUUCUGUAUCUGCAUAAAAUGAAUUCUUUAUGAGCGAUCAGCGCACUUAAGAUGCAUAUUUUAGCGAAACUUUCUAGACUUCCUCAGUCACAACACAACGUGCAAGAUAUGUCACUGCAAAAAAUGAGUUAACAAAAGCUUCGAAGAUGAGAGCGUACAGUCAAUAAGCAAAUAUUUCUUUGCUAUGGCCAGGAUUCAUUUAAACAAAUGGGAAUAAAGACAUUAACAGUGCCAACAGGUUUUCACUUCUAUCUUGUAGAUAAGGAAUAAAAAGUUUUUAUUAUA